UGUACAGUUAGCGAAAAUAGAUCAGAAUUGAACCUCCAUUUGUGCAGUUCACCGGAGAUGGCUGAAGCUUCUUUGAAUUUCAAUUGAUUUAAGGAAGGGCACGGUGGUGGUCGGAGAUCUGGAGAAAGCGGUCAGGGAGGAUAGGAGGUUAAAACGGUGAACUACGUCUGGUACAAGUAGAAGGAAACCUCGAUCGCCACAAAUAUCUUAAUUAGUGAAGCAGAAAUACAGGGUUCAGUUCUUUAGAUCUCCAUGAACUUGUUGGUUCUUGAAAUUCUGAAUCCGUAUAUUAAAAGUUCGUUUUCUCACCGAUCCAGGCUACACAAUUGAUCUGUUCGUUCGCUGCUGUUCAUCUUUCAAGCAAUGGACAAGUCGAGCGCAUUGGAGUACAUCAACCACAUGUUCCCCACAGAGACGUCUUUAUCUGGUGUUGAGCCGCUGAUGCAAAAAAUACAUAAUGAGAUACGUCGUGUGGAUGCCGGAAUAUUGGCAGCUGUCCGCCAGCAGAGUAAUUCGGGAACCAAAGCCAAGGAAGAUCUUGCUGCUGCUACGCAUGCUGUAGAGGAACUCAUGUAUAAGAUCCGAGAAAUAAAAACCAAAGCAGAGCAAAGUGAAACAAUGGUUCAGGAAAUAUGCCGUGACAUUAAGAAGUUGGACUUCGCAAAAAAACAUAUAACAACUACGAUAACCGCUCUUCAUCGGCUUACAAUGCUAGUCUCUGCUGUUGAGCAGCUUCAAGUAAUGGCUUCAAAAAGACAAUAUAAGGAUGCAGCUGCACAGCUAGAGGCUGUAAACCAAUUAUGUAGCCAUUUUGAAGCCUACAGGGAUGUACCGAAGAUCACAGAGCUGAGGGAGAAAUUUAAGAAUAUCAAACAAAUACUCAAGUCACAUGUAUUUUCUGAUUUCUCAAGCUUAGGUACAGGAAAAGAGACAGAAGAGUCUAACCUACUGCAGCAGUUGUCUGAUGCUUGCUUAGUUGUUGAUGCCUUGGAGCCAUCUGUGAGGGAAGAGUUGGUGAAUAAUUUUUGCAAUAGGGAGCUUACUUCAUAUGAGCAGAUCUUUGAGGGAGCUGAACUGGCUAAGUUGGAUAAAACUGAAAGGAGAUAUUCAUGGAUCAAGCGCAGAAUCAGAACAAAUGAAGAACUUUGGAAAAUCUUCCCUCCCUCUUGGCAUGUGCCAUAUCGGCUUUGUAUCCAGUUCUGUAAAAAGACAAGGAAACAGCUAGAGGGAAUACUUGAUAAUCCGCAAGAGAAGCUGGAUGUUGGAAAGUUAUUAUUGGCAUUACAGAGAACCUUAGAAUUUGAGGAUGAAUUAGCUGAGAAGUUUGGUGGAGGCACCCAGAAUAGAGAGGUUGUUAAUGAAAUUGAAGAAAUUGGAAGAGGGGAAAGCGACAGUCGAGAUGUAUCAGAUAUCCGAAAGAAAUAUGAAAGAAAGCUUGCUGCAAAUCAAGGAACAGAGACUGAAGAAAAGGAUAGAAAUAGGGAUUUGUCAGUGCCUGGAGCUGGGUUUAACUUCCGUGGAAUCAUUUCAUCCUGCUUUGAACCUCAUUUGACUAUAUAUGUUGAACUAGAAGAGAGAACACUAAUGGAACAUCUGGAGAAACUUGUUCAGGAGGAAACAUGGGAUGUUGAGGAGGGAAGUCAGAAUAAUGUCUUAUCUAGUAGUACACAGUUGUUUCUUAUGAUCAAGAGGAUCUUAAAGCGGUGCAGUGCUCUAACAAAAAGCCAGACAUUGUAUAAUUUAUUUAAGGUAUUCCAAAGAGUUCUUAAAGCAUAUGCAACAAAGUUAUUUGCAAGACUACCCAAGGGUGGUACUGGUAUUGUGGCAGCUGCAACUGGCAUGGAUGGACAAAUAAAGACAUCUGAUAAGGAUGAAAGGGUGAUUUGUUACAUUGUGAAUUCGGCUGAAUACUGCCAUAGAACGGCAGGUGAACUGGCAGAAAGUGUAUCCAAAAUAAUUGACCCCCAAUUGGCAGAUGGUGUGGAUAUGUCAGAAGUUCAGGAUGAAUUUUCUGCGGUUAUAACAAAAGCAUUGGUGACGCUGGUCCAUGGCCUAGAAACUAAAUUUGAUAUUGAAAUGGCUGCCAUGGCACGUGUUCCUUGGGGAACCCUGGAGAGUGUUGGUGAUCAAUCAGAGUAUGUUAAUGGCAUAAACAUGAUCCUUACUAGUAGCAUCCCUGUGCUAGGACGACUUCUUUCUCCUAUUUACUUCCAAUUCUUUCUGGACAAGCUUGCAUCAUCUCUAGGCCCCCGCUUCUUCUCGAACAUCUUCAAAUGCAAGCUGAUCUCAGAAACCGGAGCUCAACAGAUGCUUUUGGAUACCCAAGCUGUUAAAACAAUUCUUCUGGACAUUCCAUCCAUGGGUCAACAGACAUCAAAUGCUGCUAGCUAUUCAAAGUUUGUAAGCCGUGAGAUGAGCAAAGCAGAAGCACUUUUGAAGGUGAUACUAUCCCCAAUUGAUUCAGUGGCUGAUACGUAUCGAGCAUUGCUGCCAGAGGGAACACCAAUGGAGUUUCAGCGUAUCCUGGAACUCAAGGGCCUCAAGAAAGCAGACCAGCAGACCAUACUGGAUGACUUCAACAAGCAUGGACCAGCAAUUACGCAACCUAUUAUUGCACCAACAGUUGUUCCAGCUACCCCGGCCAUCCCUUCACCUCCUGCAGGUAUGAAUCUUGCUUCAGUUGGAUUUAUUGCUUCGCGAGAGGAUGUGCUGGCCAGAGCAGCUGCACUGGGACGUGGAGCAGCCACUACAGGGUUCAAGAGGUUCCUUGCUCUAACUGAAGCUGCAAAAGACAGGAAAGAUGGACCUUUCAGGAAACUUUUCAACGCAUGAGCUUUUAUUCUUUGAGAAUUUUAGUGUAGAAGCGGCUUUAGGAUGCACCAUUUUUUUUUUCCCUCUAGUUUUUCUUCCCUUGUAAAUGCUUUACUUACAAAGAAAACAAAUUCCGUUUCUUUUGAAGAAUAAGUGAGAUAUUUUGCUGUCUGAGCUCAAAGCAUGAAAGAUCAACCACUUGUUAUUAGUAUGCAUGCUUCUCAGAAAGUGUGAAAGUAUUUUUGCAAUCAAGAUUGUGUAUUACAGUCCCUUUUUCA